AUGGCAGAAAUAAGCCAAGUAUUAUCAGAGCAGGAACCGGAGCCCGAGUUAAACCCUACAGAGUCGAAUAUAUUCAAAACGGCGCACCUGUGGCCAUCUGAUGAAGUCACUCAGCACACGCCGCGGCCUAUUACUAGCGCAUUUACGGAUAAGGAUGAAUCCGCGGUGGCUGGAUUGCUGGCACUUGGGACGAGUACGGAUGAAAUAAUUGAGCCCAAUCUCACUUUAUCAGACUUCGCCAUCUCACCACCUACGAGAGAACCAAUGGCCCCAUUGGAACUGCCAGAUGUGACUGCGUAUUCUUCGCUGGAUCAAAUAUUAAAUCCGCCUCAUGCAAAACAUGAUCUCUCCUCAACAGAAACACUUGAGCUACUACGUCAUUAUCGUUAUAAUAUAGCUCCUUGGGAUCAUAGGUCAGACGCACAGCUGGACUUGGGCGCAAUCGCCUUUCUGCGCGCGUUGGGUGCGGCAAAGAACUGCGUGGUUGAUGUUUCCAGUGCUUGGACCAGAGACAGGCUUACAAAUGGUGAGCUGUUUGAGGCGUUGAGCCCGCAUGCCCUUAACAGGGAGUUCAACUCCGCAGUAUACUGGUUGUUGGUCAGACUAGACCUUGCCGCAGCUUUAGCCACGGACACCAACCUCCAGAUUCCUUUGCCUCCGUCACCCCCAUAUAUGACCGAUGCCGACUUUGGGAGCGACCCCUUUGGCUCGGUUUUCUGUUAUGCCCACCGUCCUUUAUGGCUCUGUGGGAGAGCUAUACAAUUCACACAUGACGAGAGUUCGCCGCAAGUUCCGCCUUUGCAUACUUGGAUGCAGUUGGUAGAAGAGCUCGAGAGCUGGUAUCAAGAGCGGCCGCAAGGAUUCCAGCCUAUGCUAGAGCUUGAGGCGGAGCACCGAGGAGGCCUGGGACAAAGCUUCCCAGUGGUCCUUUUUGCAAAUGGAGCUGGUGUAUUUAGCAGUCAGCUAUAUCAUACUGCCAUGCUUAUACUACUGCAUAAUCGACCGCGAACUGCUCGGACCUCAGAAUUUCGUUCAGCCAGAAUGUCACCAUUAUGGCAUGCGCAAAGAAUAUGCAGCAUUGCAUUGAAUAAUGAAAGACGCGAAUGCUGGGAUCCAUGUCUUCUGGCAUCAUUCCUGACAGCAGCUCGACGGAUGACCCAUGAGGUACAGCAGCAGGAAAUCCUCCUUGGAUUUAAUCGUAUUAGAACCAUCACAGGAUGGGAUGUGGGAAAUCUACUACAUGACCUUCAAGAAGAAUGGGGCGUUCUUGAGACAUGA